UAGUGCUUUAUGAAGGCUAAAUGGCCGGGGUUGUACAACUGUUUUACUACAAAUCUACAACAUAUUGAGUCGACUGAAUAAACUAUAGGCCUCAGUAUGUUUCCUCGUGAUUUUGCGUGGGGAGCAGCAACCGCAGCGUAUCAGAUUGAAGGUGGCUGGCAGGCAGAUGGCAGGGGAGCGAGUAUCUGGGACACGUUCUGUCAUGGGACGGGCAGAGUGUUUGGGGAUCACAAUGGAGAUGUGGCCUGCAACAGCUACGAGCUCUGGGAGGAGGAUCUCAAAUGUAUCCUACAGCUUGGACUGACUCAUUAUCGCCUGUCCAUCUCGUGGGCUCGUCUCCUGCCCGAUGGGACCAGGCAGCGUGUCAAUCAGAAAGGCGUGCAGUACUACAACAAGGUGAUAGACGAUUUACUGGCUGCUCACGUGUCACCAAUGGUUACUCUUUACCACUUCGACCUGCCUCAAGCUCUACAAGAUCAAGGAGGCUGGAAAUCACCAAACAUUGCUUCACUUUUCAACAGCUACGCCCAGUUCUGCUUCGAGGCAUUUGGCGAUCGUGUCAAACUUUGGAUCACAAUCAAUGAGCCAUACGUGUGCGCCAAACUUGGUCAUGAAGAUGGUAUUCACGCUCCAGGACUGACAGAACCCGGGAUAGCCGCUUAUCUAGUGGGCCACAACAUGCUAAGGGCCCAUGCGUUGGCUUGGCACAGUUAUGACAAGAUCUUCAGGCCAAAGCAGAAUGGAUUGGUGUCUCUCGCUCUCAACAGUGAUUGGUUAGAGCCAUUAGAUCCAGAUUGCGCAGAGGAUAUCGCCGCUACACAACGCGAUAUUGCUUUUACGCUCGGCUGGUUCGCGUGGCCUGUCUUUGUGACCGGGGACUAUCCAGAAGUAAUGAGAACGUUUAUUGAAGCUAACAGCCAAAAACACGGUUACACUGGUGAAUCACGACUUCCAUUUUUCUCAAAAGACGAACCUGCAAUUUUGGGGACGGCUGAUUUUUUUGCUCUUAACUUUUACACGUCACGUAAAGUUACAUCAGCGGGUGCUCGUUUUGAUAAACUGAGUAUGAAAAGCGACCAAAAUGUACAGGAGGUGUUGGAUCCGUCAUGGCCGAUCUCAGGGGUGUCCUGGCUUGCAGUGGUGCCUGAUGGGUUAAGGAAACUUCUCAGCUACGUCAAGAAAAACUUCGGCGAUCCGGCCAUCUACAUUACGGAAAACGGGUUCGCUCAGGUCGGGUCGUUACAGAUGGAGGACGUUCAGCGGGUCGAGUUUUACAAGCAAACCAUCAGCGAGGUGGCGAGAGCUAUCACAGAAAAUGGUGUCAAUGUCCGUGGAUACUUCGCCUGGUCGCUAAUGGACAACUUCGAAUGGGCCGACGGAUACAGCGCAAGAUUUGGACUGUUUCACGUUGACUUUUCAGAAGAGAAGCUCCCACGUACCAUUUACCGCUCUGGGAAAGAAUACGCAAAACUUAUUAAAAGGUAUAACUCUUGA